UUGCAAAAUGUACGGGAAGGACGACUUUGUAUUCUUUUUAGACGAUGAUGAUGCGGAAUGGGCAGAAAUUUUAGAGUCAAGUUUUGAUUUGGACGACGAUGAGGGCGACUUUGUUCCAGAGCCUGUACCAAAAAAAAGAAAGAAGAACAAAAGCAAACCUGCACUAUCCCCUGGUCGGAAGUCUGACCUUACAAGAUUUAAGUUUGAAGAGGUUGUUUUUAUGCUGGUCUUAGUUGGGAUCCAGGAAGUGAUAGACAACCAAAUCUACAGUAUUACCAAGACAGGUAGAAGUGUCAUUGCUGUCUUGUCUGCUUUCAAGUCAAAGCUUGUCUGUUUGCCUGAGUGGUUCAGGGAUUUUCUUUGGGAGGCAGUCACCGCUGGGGACAGGGAGGCAUUGCCAAGCAGGCAGAAGGACAAAGUUUGGACCAAGUUCCACAAGUUAAGGACAUCACCUGAUUUUACCACUAAAGGAAUGGAUUUUCUAAGAAACACUUCAGAACAUAGCGACUGCGAUGAACUCACAACCAGACAGGCUUUUCAGGUUUUGGUAAGGUCUUCUUUUGACCGGGUGAUCAAGUAUAGGGAAGACAUGGACAGAAAAAAAAUGAGUGUGACAAAGAGUAAAAUGACAGACAGUGAACAGCAAGCCCUUCGUUAUGUGGCAGGAUAUAUGUGCCAAAAAUUGUCAAAAAAAUGUGAACUAAAGAGCUUGCAGUAUGCUGCUAUAAUAAAAACAUGGUUUAGAAAAGGCAAGCCAUCCUCAGAUGGGGCAGCAUAUCUUAAGGUGUCAAGACAGUGGACUGAGAUGGUUGACAGAGGAGGACUGUGUCAUGUAAACGACAUUUUGUUUCUGUUUGUGCGUUUGCUUGAGGAGGUGGUGAGGGAAGUAUUCUCUGAGGAAAACACAUUUUUUUAUCAUAACCAUGGGGAUCUCCGUGAAGGAAUUAUGAACUUGGCCUUACAAAACAAAGCUCUCAUGAAUUAUUGGGAAGAACUGACUGCUGGUGAAUCAGACAAAUUAAAAAUGGACCUUUUUGGCAUGUUUGUGAAAUUAUAUAUUACCAUUAGGGGCCACUCAUUUCGCAGACAGCUUAUAGAAAAGUACCAAGAAUCUGUGUCUGCAUCUACGAAAGAAAAAGGAUUGAGAAAGUCUCUCAAAAGGAAGAGUAGAAUUACAGUUUGAAUUAUUUCCUAGAUUUUCAACAAACAGACUAUGAUCUUGUGCAUUUAUAACAUUUGGGUUUUUUCACUUAGCAAUUAAUAUCUUAAUUAGAAUUUCAUUUAGGUUUACAUUAAUUUUAAUUAGUUAAUUAAAAGUCAGAUUUGUAGUAUUAGUUUGGUAGAAAAUGAUACACCAAGUACCAAAAUAUGGCUUUCUGUUUUCAAUAACUGAAAAGCAGUCAUAAUUUAAGAACUUUAGUAUUUAUAAUACUUGUUUUUUUCAGUCAGCAACUAUCUUUCAUUUAUAUUUCAUUUUAUUUUUCAUUAAAAGUUACCCGUUUACAAUAUGAGAUUAAUUUCAUCAAUACUGAUCUAAUGGUAAUAAAAAACACACAUAUAUUGGAUAUAAAAAAUCUUCUUUUUAUUUCUUU